AUGUCGGCCGAAUCCAUCAUCACACUCGAGUAUCGCGGCCGCGUUGCUGUCUUGACUAUUGACAAUGCGAGCAAGCUGAAUGCCAUGACGGGAGCUCAUUACUAUGACCUUGCCCAAAAGAUGCGAGAGGUCGCAACCCAUGAUGAGGUGUUUAUUACCGUUAUCCUAGCCAAGGGCCGUUUCUUUUCCGCAGGAGCUGAUGUAACAUUCACCCGCGAGUCCCCCUCGGGCAAGGACUCGCACAAGACCUGGCUCCAAUCCUUUGUCGCCUUCAACCUCAACAUCACCCACGCCUUCGCAACGCAUCCCAAGGUGCUAGUCGUAGGCCUCAACGGGCCCGUCGUGGGCCUCACGGCAGCUCUCGUCGCCCACGCCGACUUCAUCUACUGCGCGCCCUCGGCCUUCCUCCUCACACCCUUCUCGUCCAUCGGCCUCGUUGCCGAGGGCGGAGCGUCACGGGCUUUGGUGCUGCGUCUUGGACCUGCUCGCGCGAACGAGGCGUUGUUGAUGAGCCGGCGUAUCGGGGCUGAACAAUUGGAGCGAUGUGGAUUUGUCAAUGAGAUUUUUAACGAGGCGGAUGAUGACAAGUUUAACGAGAGGGUGCUGAAGGAGGUUGACGAGAGGUUGGGUGAGCAUCUAGUCGGGGACAGCUUGACUGGAAUUAAGAAGCUCAUCAAGAGGCCCGAGAUGGAACUUCUGCACACGCAGAAUGUGCACGAGGUGUUUGCCGGUCUCGAGAGGUUCAUGACGGGGGUGCCACAGCAGGAAUUUGCAAAGCUUGCAAGCGGUGCCAAGAGACAUAAGCUGUGA